GUGAUGAUGAAAGAAAACAGGUGGAAUCCGAGCUGACUGUGGAAGAAAUGCUGGAAAAAGAUCUGCGACACUUGGAUAGUGUAGAACUUGUCCACUUCAAGCGCGAUCUUCAGGCUGCGUUGCGAAAACUGCAGGAAGCUGCGAGGUUCAUCAGGUAGAAGAAGGGCAUCAUCUCAACUCGGU